CCCCAAUCAACAGCCCCACUUGAAUCGCACCAUGACGCCCCAGUGGUCCGACACAUGCCGACCACAGGGCAGCUUCUCGCGGCCCACCAGCUGCAUCCGCUCUGGCCGCAACGCUUGCUGACACCCACCACGACUGGCCACAUAGACACGGUCGAACCGAUGGCUGGCCGACACACACACACAGCAUCCAUCCUCCAUCGACGUGAAGGUGGGUGUGCAGUCCAGUGCUUAGCCUACGGCGGCAGUUUGUUCUUGAUUCCUUCCUUGCGCAUCCAGUGCUGUAUGUUGACGUUGUCGGACGGCACGUAGGUGUUGCCGCAGUCCCCCGGGCAGCCCAGCAGCGAGUACACAUCCGACAAACGACCACUGGGCAGCUCUGCAGACAUGUACCCCAAGGCAGACACAGCAACACAGACGCGCACGCCGUGUGUGUCAUGUUUUUUGUAUGUGUUUGUGUCGCUCACACACACACACACCUGAGAGUUCCUCGUCGCGAAUGUUGAGGUCCUCCGCCAUGAUAAGGGACCCGAGAUCGGGAGACGACGAGCGGUCAUCCAGCAACCUUACGCGCACACAGACAAGAGAGCCAGGCGUAAGCAGACAGACAUCCAGAUGAAGUACAUCCAUCCUCUCCUGGCUGCUCAUCUCACUUGAUGAUGGUCCGGCCAGCGUCCCUCAGCUGCUCUCGCCGGAACUGGUUGCUGCAGGCGCAUGGACUGCAGUGUGGGUGCUGUGGUCGGCUCGGCUGGUGUGCGGUUGACUCACUCACUCAGUCACUCACUUGUUGCUGCGGUGGCCGCUGUCGAGGUGUGUGUUGCACAGCAGCAACUCCGUGUCGCCACUGGCGCCAUCAACCGGCCUCACCCGCACAUGGCAGAGGCGCCUGCACCCACACAGAAACCAGCUACGUGUGAUCUGAUCCCUUUGGCUGCCUGUCUUCAUCCCUGGCAUAGGUGACUGAACUGACCGCAGCUUCUCGUCGCCCCUCUUGCCGAUCUGCCCGCGCCGGUACCAAUGAGUAUCGGGCGAGCCGCCUACAUGCCCGACACAUACACAGGCUGCUCCAAUUGCCGCCUUGCUUCCCAGCCGCCCUCCCUCCCUGCCGCUCACCGAUGACAUUCAGCGAUCGCUUCAACACCAACGUCACGUUGAGAGGGUCAACUCUGCCGGCAGCCAGACAGGAAGGCAGGGACGCAAGUGAGUCGACUCACUGCGUAUGCCGUCAUGUCAUGUGUCUGCUCUGCAUGUGCUGGCGUACUCCCGCCCCGAUGGGUGUUGUGGUACGAGGACAUGGUAUUCGUCGCCGAGGUAGUGCUCGCCGCCCGGCGCACUCAACUGUAUCUGCAUUCACGCAUACAAUACAGCCAGAAAUGUGUGCAUGGCCAGCCAGCAAGCCGGCCAGGCACGCGCGCACACAGAGAGUGGCCCUUACCGCCCUGAGCGGCGUGACUUCCUGCAGAAACACGAUGUCCGGCUGCUCCUUCCGAAUCAGCGCGACCAGGGCCCUCUGCCGCUCCUCGCGGUCGGUGUCCUCAACGUCGAUAUUCCUGCAACACACAACACACCACACCACCCAUAUAUACAGCACACCACAUGCACUGCGAUGCGAUGCAUGUCAGUCCUGUGCGUGUGUGGUCACCAGGUCAGAAAUGUCAAAGCCAGCGGUCCGCUGCGCUUUGCCGGCGAUGAUGCGGCAGCAGAUGCAGAGGCGCUCUCCGCCCCGCCAUCAGUCCGCGCCUGCAGCCAUCCGCAAACCGCAUGUGGGAGAGAUGGGAGAGAUGGGUUCGGCAUCUCCCUUGUUUGACCUUUUUCUUCGCAGGUUCGUCAGCAAUGGUGCCCUUGUCGCCCUCUUCCUUCGCCGACAUCUCAAGCUCCAAAAC